AAUCUCCGCGAUGGCCAUUGAUGCAAAUGCCACGACGUCAGCUGGCGUUUAGAAUAACGUCUCUUUCAAGAGUAAAAUCUAUAGUAUUAAUAGAGUUUGAGUACGUACCGCUAUCAAGGCAGUCGCUGCAGUUUCAGCCGUUGCAUAUACAGCAGCCGCUGAAAAUACUGUUAAAGCUGGAAAUUUACCAACAGCUGCAAAUUCUGCAGCUGCUGCAAGCUCCACAAAGUGAGAAUAAGUCUGAAUUUCAACAGCCACUGCAGACACAGACGCAGCUGCAAAAUUGGCAGCUGGUGCAAGCCCCGCAAUAUAACCAAACCCUGAUUGAGGAUUCCUCGCAAAGUGAGAAUCAGUCUUCUGAAUUUCAACAGCCGCUGCAGACACAGCAGCAGCUGCAGAAUUUGCAGCUGGUGCAAGCCCCGCAAUACAACCAAACCCUGAUUGAGAAUUCCUCGCAAAGUGAGAAUGAGUCUCCUGAAUUUCAGCAGCCACUGCAGACACAGACGCAGCUGCAAAAUUUGCAGCUGGUGCAAGCCCCGCUAUGUGAAAGAUUGCCCAUAAUUCAGGAUUCCACGCAAAAUGAGAAUGAUUCUCCUGAAUUUCAGCAGCCGCUGCAGACACAGCAGCAGCUGCAGAAUUUGCAGCUGCCGCAAGUCCCGCAGUGUACAUUGCCCCUAAAAAGCGAGAAUGAGUGUCCUUUAUUUGUUAAUUCAAAACAUUUUGAACAAUAUCCGGAUUGUCAGGAAUGUUUGCAAUGUCAGCAAUCCCCAGAAUAUCAACAAAAUCCGACAUUUGACGAACCUCCGCCAUUUCAUCAAGCACCAUUUCCAGAGCCUCCGCCACAAUUUCCACAGCAUAUACCUUUCCCUCCUCCUUUGGAAUUUCAGCCACCUCUACCGUUCCUUUCCCCACCGCAAUUUAACCAACCUCGUCGAUAUCAGCCCGUUUCCUUUCCGCCACCUUCGCCAUAUAAAAAUUUUCCGUUUUCUCCACCACCUCCACAGUUUGCACAGCCCUUGUCAUACCAAGAAAAUUUGCCGUCAAGAAAAUCUCCACCACAAUAUACUGAUAUUGAGGUGAAAAGGGCUGCCCUUUCACAUCAAUACCAGCCCGUUCCUCAGAUUCGUCAACCCUUACCAUAUCCGCACUCUUUGCCAUAUUCUCUUCCACUCACACCUCCACGUGAGCCCCUUUCACCCCAAAAUAAGCGUUUUUCACCGCAAUACCAGCUCCUUCCUCAGGUUCGUCAACCUUUACCAUAUCCGCACCCUUUGCCAUACUCUCGGCCAAAUACACCUCCUUAUGAGCCCCUUUCACCUCAAAAUAAGCGUUUUUCACCGCAAUAUCAGCCCCUUCCUCAGGUUCGUCAACCCUUACCAUAUCCGCACCCUUUGCCAUACUCUCGGCCAGUUACACCUCCACGUGAGCCCCUUUCACCUCAAAAUAAGCGCUUUUCACCGCAGUACCAGCCCCUUCCUCAGGUUCGUCAACCCUUACCAUAUCCGCACCCUCUGCCAUAUUCUCUUCCACUCACACCUCCACGUGAGCCCCUUUCACCCCAAAAUAAGCGUUUUUCACCGCAAUACCAGCUCCUUCCUCAGGUUCGUCAACCUUUACCGUAUCCGCACCCUUUGCCAUACUCUCGGCCAAAUACACCUCCUUAUGAGCCCCUUUCACCUCAAAAUAAGCGUUUUUCACCGCAAUAUCAGCCCCUUCCUCAGGUUCGUCAACCCUUACCAUAUCCGCACCCUUUGCCAUAUUCUCUUCCACUCACACCUCCACGUGAGCCCCUUUCACCCCAAAAUAAGCGUUUUUCACCGCAAUACCAGCUCCUUCCUCAGGUUCGUCAACCUUUACCAUAUCCGCACCCUUUGCCAUACUCCCGUCCACUCACACCUCCAUGUGAGCCCCAUUCACCCCAAAAUAAGCGUUUUUCACCGCAACCCCAGACCCUAUCUCAGAUUCGUCAACCCUUACCAUAUCCGCACCCUUUGCCAUACUCUCGGCCAAAUACACCUCCUUAUGAGCCCCUUUCACCUCAAAAUAAGCGUUUUUCACCGCAAUAUCAGCCCCUUCCUCAGGUUCGUCAACCCUUACCAUAUCCGCACUCUUUGCCAUAUUCUCUUCCACUCACACCUCCACGUGAGCCCCUUUCACCCCAAAAUAAGCGUUUUUCACCGCAAUACCAGCUCCUUCCUCAGGUUCGUCAACCUUUACCAUAUCCGCACCCUUUGCCAUACUCUCGGCCAAAUACACCUCCAUAUGAGUCGCUUUCACCUCAAAAUAAGCGUUUUUCACCGCAACACCACCCCCUACCUCAGAUUCGUCAACCCUUACCAUAUCCGCACUCUUUGCUAUACUCUCGGCCAAGUACACCUCCUUAUGAGCCCCUUUCACCUCAAAAUAAGCGUUUUCCACCGUCACACCAGGUCCUUCCUCAGGUACGUCAACCCUUACCAUAUCCGCACCCUUUGCCAUACUCUCGGCCAAUUACACCUCCACGUGAGCCCCAUUCACCUCAAAAUAAGCGUUUUUCACCGCCAUACCAGCCUCUUCCUCAGAUUCGUCAACCCUUAUCAUAUCCGCUCGUUUUCCCGUACCCUCCCUCUCAAUUUAUUCCACAAUAUCCACAGCCUGUUCAGAAUCCUACACCGUUCUCUCCACCAAUUCUGCCCCUUCCUAUACCCUCGCCAAAUCCCCAACCUUUACCGUUCCUAUCCCCUCCACAGAUUCAGACAUUGCCUUGGCAGCCAGGGCAGGAAGACCCACAGGCCACACAGUCCUGGCCAUACAAUGAUAUACAAUGUUGUGAUAAUAUGCAGUGUUGUGAAUGUUGGGAGUGUACGUCUCGAAAGUGUAGCCUAUGUUAUCAGCCAGAGUAAAUAAAUAGUUAUAUAAAAAAGACAAAUAUACAUCAGAAAGGGAGUUUCCUUUCGUAUAAUGAUACAAUUCAAUACAUAAUAAUAACUGAGCAGUAUUAAAAAUGUUGUGGUUUGCAUUUUUGGUGAUUCGAAAAUCGGAUCUAAUUCUGACAAUUAUGUGUCAGAUUUUGAUUCCCUUCCCUCUUGAUACGCUCAAUGUUCUUGUGGACUUGGUAUGCAUCUGAUAAAUUGACUCUUAUGUGUUAGUAGUAUUAUAUCUUAUAUCAAUUAAUUUUAAGUGUAUAGCAUAGGUUUAACUAAUAAGUAUGCAUUGAUUCAUAUCGACUAAAUUAGUUGAAAGUUGCAUUCUUCUGCUAGAUUCCUUUCAAUUUUAAUUCAGUGAUUGCUAUGAAUCAACGCAUAUAUCAUUUAAUAUUAGUUUAAGACGGUCGUAAAAGACAUUAAUUUUUAAGAGAUAAUGCGAUAUUUGUAGUAUUUAUUUUAAAAGUAUAAUUAUGAUAAAAUGACACUAGUAUUGUAUACUUAUAACCACAGUAUAAGUUAAACUUGUAGUACGAACAGCUUCUAACAUUCUAUCAAGUAUGCGCUUGAAAUUAUUGAAGAUUUCAAGUUUUGAGUGUGAACUAGUAUACGUAAAAUGGACUUCAGAGUGAAAUACUUCGACUAAGAUGUAAUACAAUGAAGCGUUAAGACGCAUUUUCGGCCUACUGCCGAUUUACAUUAUAUUAUGGCAAAUUUUGUCUUAAUUUUGAUAUUUCUAGUACAUAAGACAUUAUGACAUUAUAGAUCAAAAAAUUGGAAAUUAUAGCAGCUAGCUUUAAUUCUCAUCUUCGGCCUUUGUGAAGAGCGAGACAGUUGUUGCAAUUUCCAAUUGUUUGUGAGUUUAAGCUAAGUCCAGAUAUAUUCUAAAAAUAGUAUUAAUAUUUUACUGUAUUAUUGUAGAGAUAUCUGCUGUAAAUAAUCGCUUUAAUGAGGGUAACCCACGUAGCCAAAACUUAACAUGUGAUUAGACAUUACUUGUCAUAAAUAAUUUUGUUUAUAGGGACUUUUUCGGAAAAAUAGUUACUCUAAAACGUAUUUACAAUAAUUUUGUUAUAUUUUGGUUGUAACGUCCAAAACCUUAUGGUUUUAAAUUCUAUCCGAUUACUGGUAAGUCGGAAUCAGUGCAUUUAUACGUAAUAAUUAGUUUGUUAUUAAGUUCGUUA